AUGUCAGGCUAUCACGAUCGACCUUCUUGGGGCGGCGGAGAGAUGGCGCAACCGCCAGGACAGAAGAUGGUCUCGGUCGACGUCAACGAGUUCAUUCGCACGCGCGACGCGCUCGCCUCCGCCUAUCUCAAUCUCUCAUCUUCCUUCGAGCGCGCGGUCAAGGCCUACCUCGACCACACCCAAGUCGUGCUCAAUGGCGACUCAACCCUCAACGUCGGCCACAUGCUGGCGCCCUUCGGCGGGCUCGGCGCGUACGGGAACCCAGCACAGGUGGCAUCCGCCGCGCUGCAGCACAACGGAGGCAUGGCACCAGAGGUGAAGUCUGAAGAGCCGCCUGAGAAGAAAGGACGCAAGAAGCGCACCUACAAGGCUCGCGAUCCCAACGCUCCGAAGCGGCCCUUGACUGCCUACUUCCGCUUCCUGCAAGACGUGAGAGGCAAGAUUGGCGAAGAGCUGCAGAGCGAUCCCGACAAGUACAAGGAAAUCUCCACGGGCAACCCGGGUGACAUUUCGCGCAUCGCCACCACCAAAUGGAACCAGCUCAGCGAGGACGAGAAAGCACCCUACAAGCAAGCGUACCAGGAUGAGCUGAAGGGGUACAGCGUGCUCGCGGAAGAGUACAACAAGUCCAAGGAAGAUGCGGAGGGGGAGGUGGAUGUCCCGGGCGUCUCAGCACCAGAUCCCAAACCACAGGUGACCGAGACUACGGCUGCUGGCGCUGCUGAAGAUGACGACGACCAGUCGUCCGACAGCGACACUGACAGCGAGAGCGAUGAGGAAGAAGCUGCACCGGCACCACCUCCAAAGGCCACCACUCCGCCCAAGAAGUCGUCGAUGAAGAAGAACAAGACUCCCGCUACCGCCGCGCCACCAACGUUCUCCAGCAUCAACGCCCCGGCCGCUGCUCCAGCGUCCAGUCCUACCCGCAAGCGCAAGACUGAUGCCAGCGAGACCGAAGACAGCUCGAAGCGCGGUCGCAAAUCCAAGAAGACUGUGACUGCCGGCUCUGACCAAGUCGCUCCCACUGCACAGAUGGCCGCGCCGGCUGCAAGCUCCCCAGAGGCUGUUGCUGAGGGUGGCAAGAAGAAGAAGGAUAGGAAGAAGAAGAGCAAGAGCGACGCUUAG